AUGGCUUCCACUUUCGUCACUCUACCAAACCCUUUGCUAUGCAAACCCAAUACUGCUUCUCUGUCGAACCAGAAGCUACUGCCAGGUCUGCGAAGAAACUCUUUGAGAGUUAACGCAGUUUCCAAGAAAUGGGAACCCACCAAGGUGGUUCCUCAAGCUGACAGAGUGCUUAUUCGUCUUGAGGAACUCUCCGAGAAAUCAGCUGGAGGAGUUUUGCUGCCCAAAUCAGCCGUUAAAUUUGAGCGGUAUCUUAUGGGAGAAAUUCUUUCUGUUGGUGCUGAGGUUGGGGAAGUCAAGGCUGGAAAGAAGGUUCUUUUCUCGGACAUAAACGCAUAUGAGGUGGAUUUGGGAAUAGAUGGCAGGCACUGCUUCUGCAAAGAGAGUGAAUUGCUGGCCGUAGUUGAAUAA